UUAAAUAAAUGUUGUGUGAUUCAGUGGAUGAAUAAUGGAGAGGCGCAUGACUUGAAAGACUUGAAGCUGAAAACGAGUUCGGAGCAAUUUUCUUACAUCGAUCGAUGUUUUGUGUCGUUGGCAAAGUGACCUGGAAAUGAACGAUGAAGACAAUGAAAUUUUAAGGGACUUCAUUCGCAGUUCCCAUAUUAAUUUUCUUAUGGAAAUGAAUACAAACAU